UUUACAGCAGGAUUCCACGGAGGAGAGGAGACCCACAGCCUGCAUUAACCGAGGGCGAGCGGUAGGAUUUCAGCCUCUGGAUAUACACGCAACGGGAGUUUUUGUUUUCUCUCCUUUAUGAGGAUAAAGGCAACACACGAAACACUCGUAAAGGGCAACUCCUUGUGGACACAUUCUCCCUCCCACCCAAGCCGAGGUCGUCUAGCUGGAGAGCCAUUCUCCUGCGUGGCACAAGUCUGCUGUUUUCUUUCAGCUGCAAAUCCCGACUGACGGUGUAGAUAAAUCCAACCCGAGGAGCUGGAAAAUUGGUUUUAAAAGCGACUUCUCACCGCGAGCCAGGACUGCUUGGUGGUGACAGAGAGAUUAUGCUGGUUGAAUGGCAUAAGCAAAAAAAGGUUUUUCAUUCAUUUUCCAGCCUCGCAGCCACCACCCCUGUGGAUCUGGACGUGUUUUCUGCCCCAUACCUCCCCUCACACACUCAAUCACACGGGGGAUUCUUGAGAGCGACACUGGCGUAAAUGUAGUAUGGUGUCAAAGGCUUCCAAUAAUAACAUUUAGCCUGGCAUUUUGAAAUUGUUAUUGCCAGGCCUGAUCGCACUGUACGCGCACUGCUGUUUUCAAGAGAUGGAGACUGAAGAUGGGGAUUACCAUCAUUUAUCCAGGAAAAUCACUGGCGUUUGUGCCAUACCAGCCGACGUCAAAGUACCCUGUGACUGGCAAAAAUAGCAGACUGUUUUAGUAUUAUUUUUCUACAAAGGAGUUCCCUGUCAUAACGUUGUGUACACGUUUAUUUAUAUUUUUUUAGAGCAAAUCUUGGAAUCACGCAUUUGCAGGCUACCACGGUGUAGCCUUUUUGGGCUACAAACAUUUAUUGCUCCUCUUUUUCAUUUUUCUUUUAAGAAGCCGACGUGUACAACCUUCUUUAUUGUAUUUUAUUUUUAUCCCUGCCUUUUUUUUUUUUUUUUUUUUUGAGGGGUGAAUAAUGCUAAGGAACAUGAGAUCUGACACACGGAUGGGUAGCCCGACCUUGUUUUGGGGUCUGAUGCUGUCUGUGUCCACUAUCUGCAUCUGGUCCACACAUGGAGAGAUUUGUGGUCCGAGCAUCGACAUCCGAAAUGACAUCAGCGAGUUCAAGCGUCUGGAGAACUGCACGGUGGUGGAGGGCUGGUUGCAGAUCCUCCUCAUCAACGACAAGACCAACAACAUCAACCAGGAAGUCUUCCGCUCCCUUAGCUUCCCAAAGCUGACAGUUGUCACCGACUACUUGCUGCUAUUUCGCGUCUCGGGCCUGGACAGCCUCAGCAUUCUCUUCCCCAACCUGAGUGUAAUCCGCGGGCGAAAUCUCUUCUACGACUACGCCCUUGUGAUUUACGAGAUGACCAGCCUGAAGGACAUCGGCCUGUACAAUCUGAGGAACAUCACCCGGGGAGCCGUGCGGAUCGAGAAGAACCCUGAGCUCUGCUACCUGAACUCUGUGGACUGGUCCCUCAUUAUGGAUGCUAGGUUCAACAACGUUUUCAAUGGAAAUAAGAAGGCAAAGGAGUGUGACAAUGUCUGCCCAGGCAUCAUAAAGGAUAACCAGCUUUGUCAGAGGACGUCGUUUAAUGACAACUACGACUUCCGCUGUUGGACCUCCACGCAGUGCCAGAAAGUAUGCCCGGAGAACUGCAAGCUGUCCUGCACAGACAGGGGGGAGUGUUGCCACAGCCAGUGCCUUGGCAGCUGCACUGAACCCAACAACGACAUGGCCUGCUCCGGCUGCCUCCACUACUAUCAUGAGGGUCACUGCGUGCCAGACUGUCCCCCAGACACUUACAAGUUUGAGGGCUGGCGCUGCAUCAGCAUGGACUUUUGCUCCCAAGUGCACCUUGCCGGAGACCCUCACUUUGUCAUCCACGGGGGAGAAUGUACGCCCGACUGCCCCUCUGGCUUCACCCGCAAUGAGACUAAUCGAAUGUUAUGCAAUGCCUGCAAUGGCCCGUGUGAUAAGCCCUGCACAUCCCCCGUCAUCGACUCUGUGGAUGCUGCUCAGUCUCUGAAGGACUGCACCAUCAUCGAAGGCAACCUGGACAUCAACAUCCGACGUGGAAAUAACAUAGCGUCUGAGCUGGAGAGCUUCAUGGGGCUGAUUCAGACAGUGACGGGCUAUGUGAAGAUUCGACACUCCCACGCACUUGGCUCUCUGUCCUUUCUCAAGAGUCUGCGUUUAAUCAAUGGGCAAGAACUCAUCGACAACAUGUAUGCGUUCUCCGCCAUCAACAACCAGCACCUGCAGUACCUGUGGGACUGGAGUCAGCACAACCUGACUAUUGAUAACGGACGCCUUUUCUUCCGUCGUAACCCAAAACUCUGCAUGUCUGAGAUCCACAAGAUGUGGGAGAAGACGGGCAUUAACGUGAAGCCAGAGGAGGGAGAUUUCCGUAACAACGGAGAGAGAGCCAGCUGUGAAAGCUAUAUCCUGAAGUUCAAGUCGAACAUAACAGCAAGUCAUAAUAUCACGCUGACAUGGGAGCGCUACCGCCCACCGGAAUACGACCUCAUCAGCUUCAUAGUCUACUACAAGGAGUCGCCUUUCCAGAACAUCACAGAAUUUGACGGGCAGGAUGGCUGUGGUUUAAACAGCUGGCACAUGGUGGAUGUGGAUUUCCCUCAGGAGACAGACGUUUACCCGAAAGCCAGUCUUCCAAACCUCAAGCCCUGGACCCAGUAUGCUAUUUUUGUAAAGGCCAUUACCCUGCAGGUGGAGGACAAACACGUUACGGGAGCAAAGAGUGAUAUAAUCUACAUUCGCACACGGCCAUCGCUACCGUCUAUGCCCAAAGAGCCCCGAGCAUUUGCCAACUCCUCCACCAGGCUGAUGGUGAAGUGGUCCCCUCCAGCCUUUCCCAACGGAAAUCUGACCUUCUACCUGGUUCGCUGGCAGCAGCAGCCUGAGGACAGGGAGCUCUACCAACACAACUACUGCUCCAAAGAGCUGAAGGUCCCGAUUCGUAUCCCGGCCACGGGUAACAUUGACAUGGAUGACUGCACCAAGCCGACCAAAUCCGAUCUAGCAGGCGGGGAGAAGGGCCCGUGCUGCGCUUGCCAGAAGACACCAGAGGAGAAAGACCGGGAGAAGGAUGACCGAGUCUUUUUCAAGAUUUUCGAGAACUUCCUUCACAAUGCAAUCUUUUUGCCAAGACCUCCAGAUCGUCGGCGUAGAGAUAUUUUUGGCUUAGCUAACAACACACUGAUGCCUGACGGUUAUGGUAGGGGGAACACCACCUUGGUCCUGGAGAACGGUACAGAUGGGAUUCCUCCUGUCAGGGAGUAUCCCUUCUCGGAAGAAAAGAGCGCAGCAGAAUCUUUAGACAUCUCCAACCUGCGGCCCUUCACCGUCUACCGCAUCGACAUCCAUGCAUGCAACGAGGAGGUGGGGCGCUGCAGUGCAGGAGCAUUCGUCUUCGCCAGGACCAAACCUGCAGUCAAAGCAGAUGAUAUUCCUGGAAAGGUGAUCUAUGAGAGGAGUGACAAGGUUGAGGGAUGCGUGAUGCUGCACUGGCCGGAGCCUGUUAUGCCUAAUGGACUCAUCCUGAUGUAUGAGAUCAAGUUUCGGCUGGGAACUGAGCCUGAGAAACACGAGUGUGUGUCUCGGCAGCAAUACCGCGAGCACAGAGGAGCUCGGCUGACCAAUCUUGGAUCGGGGAAUUACUCCGCUCAAGUGAGCGCAACAUCACUAGCAGGGAACGGCUCCUGGACGGAGAGCGUGUUCUUCUACGUGCCCCCUCCCAAACGAGAUGAUGGUGUUACGUUCUACUUGGUCAUAAUAAUUCCCAUCAUAGUGACGCUUUUCAUAGCCUGCCUCACCACCAUCCUCUUCUUUGUGAACAAAAAGAGGAACAGUGACAGAUUGGGAAAUGGAGUCCUUUAUGCGUCUGUCAACCCCGAGUACUUCAGUGCUGAGAUGUACGUCCCAGAUGAGUGGGAGGUGGCCAGGGAGAAGAUCACAAUGCACAAAGAGCUCGGCCAGGGCUCCUUCGGCAUGGUGUACGAAGGCCUCGCCAAGGGAGUGGUCAAAGACGAACCAGAGACACGAGUCGCCAUCAAAACUGUCAACGAGUCAGCCAGCAUGAGAGAGCGCAUUGAGUUUUUAAACGAAGCCUCUGUCAUGAAGGAGUUCAACUGUCACCAUGUGGUGCGGCUGCUGGGCGUGGUCUCUCAGGGUCAGCCAACCCUGGUGAUUAUGGAGCUAAUGACCCGCGGAGACCUCAAAAGCCACCUGCGCUCUCUGCGUAAAGAAAACUCCACCACUCAGGUCCUCCCCCCACUCAAAAAGAUGAUCCAGAUGGCAGGGGAAAUCGCAGACGGCAUGUCGUACCUAAAUGCCAACAAAUUUGUCCACAGAGAUCUGGCUGCCAGGAACUGCAUGGUCGCUGAGGACUACACUGUGAAAAUUGGAGAUUUUGGCAUGACCAGAGAUAUUUAUGAGACGGAUUACUACCGUAAAGGAGGGAAGGGCCUGCUGCCUGUCCGCUGGAUGUCUCCUGAGUCGCUGAAAGAUGGCGUGUUUACAACAAUGUCUGAUGUCUGGUCAUUUGGUGUCGUGCUGUGGGAGAUCGCCACCUUAGCAGAACAGCCUUACCAGGGCAUGUCAAACGAACAAGUGCUGCGUUUCGUCAUGGAGGGAGAACUCUUGGACAAACCUGACAACUGCCCUGACAUGCUGUUUGAGCUGAUGAGGAUGUGCUGGCAGUAUAACCCCAAGAUGCGUCCGUCCUUCCUGGAGAUCAUCAACAGCAUCAAAGAGGACCUGGAACCUCCCUUCAGGGAAAUGAGCUUCUUCUACAGUGAGGAGAACAAGCCACCAGACACUGAGGAGCUGGACAUGGAGGUAGAAAACAUGAAGAACAUUCCACUGGACCCUGCAUCCACCAGGCAGCCCUCUGCUGCUGUCGCCCCCUCGUCGGGGUGUACGGGAGGGACGCCGCCUCCCUCUACCCAGCAGUUGUCGCCCAUGCAAGGCCCAAGUACUCCGCUACUGGGAGCUGUGUCACCUUCCUCCCCUGGGCCAGGGGUCUCAGCCUUGGCGUCUCCAGGCCAGGCCUUGGACAAGCACUCAGGACAUGUAUCGGCCAAUGGACCCGUGGUGUUACUUCGGCCUAACUUUGACGAGUUGCAACCCUAUGCACACAUGAAUGGGGGCAGAAAGAACGAGCGGGCGUUACCACUGCCCCAGUCGUCGGCCUGCUGAUAUCAGACCAGCUCCUCCUCCUCCUCUUCCUCCUCCUCCUCCUCCUCCUCCUCCUCCUCCUCCUCCUCCUCCUCCUCUUACACAGGGUAACACAAACCUCUCAUCCAUUUCUCAAGGAGAUAUGGAUGAGGUAAGAAAUGACUUUCUUCUACUGUGUGCCAGUAGAUGGUCUUUCCAAUCCUUUAAGGUCAAACAUAAACUGUAAAAACAGUGAGUGAGUACAGAAACCUGCAAAAGCAUUUGGAGUUUGGCGUCUCAGACUCGACACUGGGGAACUCCUUCCUGUCCCGCCUGUAUGUCAGUCCUUCAAAAAGGAUUCAGUGCAGGCAUGUGUCCUGACAGAUUUAGACAUGAACUUAAAGAAAACCUUUUUUUUUUAUAUCUGCCAGCAAAUCCAACAGAAGAGCACUUUUUUCCUGGUGAUUUCAGAGAGGAUAUUGUGGAUAUCAGAGAGUGUAUUUAUACAGAAAACGUGAUUCUCUCUAUUAUAUGGCAAAGCUCAAUUUCUGAAUGACUUUCCAUCAAAAUUACUUUGUUUGCAUGAGCAUACCGGCUCGUGUGAUGUGAGGACAGUUUUGACUAAGAUCAUUGUUUCUUAUUUUCUUAUGAUAUGUCUGAUCCCAUCAGAAGCAGGUCAAAAUGGAAGAGGAGGGCCUGUUGUGUAUCUGCCAAACUAUUGCCAAAUCAAUUUUACUUUCUUUCUUCGGUUUCAUAUAGAUCUCCUUUCUGGUUUAAGGCUGUGAUUCAGAGUUGAGAUAAUUUUGUCUACAAAAAAUACCCAAAUUAUUUGGUGGUAUUCAGACCUGAUGCUUAUUUUUGAGACUAGCUGAUCCUAGAGCAACUGUCUGUGUGUCUUACCCCUGGAUGGAGGACAGUGUUAGCCUUGUGAUACUGGAGAACCCAGGAUAAGGACAACAUCAAUUUUUUUCUAAUCAAUUAAAAGUCCCCUAUUAUAUUAUUUUCCAACAAUAUAUUAUAGGUCUCAGUUAUAUACAAAACAUAGAUACAAAACAACAAUAAUAGAUUUAAUCUGCAACUAAUUUGAGAAUCAUUUCAAUAAAAUGUGUCCUCCAGUUCCUCAUGUGUAAGGACAUUUUGUGUUAUGCUAUAGCAAACUUGGUAUAAUUCAGAAUCAGAAUCAGAAAUACUUUAUUAAUCCCAAACUGGGGAAAAAAGUUAAUUGAGUAUUUUACAAGCAAUUAGCAUAUUAAUUGAUAUAAUAAGCCCUACAUUUGUAACAUUGAAAUGCAAGCAUGCUUUUGCUUACCAAAAUGCUUUGUUGCAUGUCCAUUCAUAUCCAACUAAACAGACUGAAGGAAAUCUUCAUCACUUCUGAGGGGAAGAGCACUUGACUCGAGUCAGCCAACUCUGAAUUACAGCAUUAAUCUGUCUUUGUUUUAAUACCAGUCUAAAUCUGAACAAAGCAUUAUACGUCUCUCAGUGCAAAUCACUGAAUUUCACAAUCUAGGGAUACAACUCUGCCUCCGUUUAAAUUUUUUCAAACGUAUCUGACUUAUCUUUUAACUGUGCAUUUCAUGUGGGAAGUCAACAUCGCUCUCUGUGAUACGGCUGUUUAAUUAAAUGGCACCAAAUACACCAAAACAGACACAGACCUGAGACAGAACAAAGAAGGAUGAGAUUUUAGUAGCCUGGAGAUGAUUUUUAAAUCACAGCAGGUCUCUUUUAGAAUAGUCAUUAGUUUCUCUACAUUUCAAUCACAUAUAAAGGUCUUACGGUUGUAUUUUAGACUGAAGGAUCAUUUUUAUACACAUCAUUGGUUUUGUCACUUUUUUAAACCUUUAUACGGUUCAAAAUGUUUGCCUCUAUGUCUGUACAGAACAAAGCUGCUAUUUUAUUCUUUUCCUCUUUUGGAUGUGUAUGUAUGUAUGUGUAUAUAUAUAUAUAUAUAUAUAUAUAUAUAUAUAUAUAUAUAUACAUACAUACACGUAUAAAGAAAUCCUUCAGGUUUGGUAUUUUAUGGUCUCCACUAAAGUCCAUUUCUUAUAUCUUCAAAGUCUGUUUAAAAAAACUAGAAAAUAACAAAAAAUAAGAGGAUUUAGAUAAAAACAUUUUCGUUUUUCUGUUACCCCAAAAGGUUCUCUGUAACACUAUAUUUUGUUCAUUGCCUUUUUAUUUUUUAUGAAAUCUUUCCUCUUGUAUUUGUUUUGUGGAUGUCUAUAUUAUUAUUAUUAUUAUUAAUAUUAUUAUUAAUAUUAUUAUUUGGAAUGGACACCUUAGCUCGAUGUGUGAGUGUGAACUUUCUGCACCCUUUAUGUACUUGUUGUCUAGCACUGCGCCUAGCAAUGCCCUCUAGGUGCAACUCAAUCUCAGGUCAAAGUAAAGGCUUUGCUUUCUCCACACACUCCAUGAUCGUCCUCUACUCGUCUCAGCUUGUACCUCCCCCUUUAUCCCCCAUCAUGUUUGGUUGAGUCCAGUAGUGCCCUCUCUCCUCCCGACUGGCACCUCACUGACCUCUACAACAUACUGUACCUGUUUCCCGGUGCCUCCUGUUGAAGUCAGUGUACCAGAUAUUUACUUUACACCAGAUCUGGUAUUUUAACCCAUCCAUUUCUUGCCUGUUUUUGAAUCAAUAGGGCUAAUUGGGUUGACUUGUUUGCCUUACUUAUGCCAACCAUCUCGCAACCAUUCGAAAUCUGGUAUUUUUUUCUUUUUUUUUUAAUUAAGGGCAGUAUAACGCCACUUCUGCUAAUGUUACUUAUUCAAGGUGAGGUCAUGUCUUUAUUGUUUGUCUUCAUAAUCACUGCUUCUGAAAACCAAAUAAAGGAUGGGUUAAAGUCCAGGGAAGGGAACACAUUUCAAUGUCAUGAAUGGAAAAAGGUCUUAAAAUAGAGGCUGGAUAGUGAAAGUGUUUUGAAGGAUUUCUCCUAAUCUUUUGGAAAUGUUGCCUGGUGAUGUUUUUUCCUCUGAAGUUUUUCUUUUUUCUUUUCUGUAGUAGUGUUAUUUAUUUAUUUUUUAUUCUCUUUUUGUGAUAUCAGUUUAAAUCACUGUAUAAAUGCCCCAUGAUUCAGUAUAAAGUUGGACUUUUUUUGUAUGUAUCUUUGGUGUCAUGACUGGGGGACGUUUUUUGUUUUUCUUUCCUUCAAUUAUAUAUCUACCUCACUCUUUUUAAAUAUAUGUAUGCGUAUGGAAAACAAGUACAUCUCACUUUCAAUAGUUAGUAUAGAAACCUCAUCAAGAUAAACCUCACAAAGCAGAAUAGGAAAGGAGCUGGAAUAUCUGUGUUGUAAGAUCAGCCCGCUGAUUUCUUUCCCAAUGUUUUAAUAUCUCUUAAACUACAAAGUAGAGACAGAAUCAGUGUAAACUAAUGUUGGGUAUCAAGGUGAGAAACAUAGAUAUGUGCACCUAUUAUUGAAUUUGACUAGAUAUAGUUUAAAAGAAGCUUACAAGAGAGGUAGUACAAGUCUAAGAUAAGACAAGACACCGGGGCAGAACGUCAACAUCAGAUAUCCCAACUCCACUGACUCCCAACAUAUUUUUACAACCUUAAAUCCUCACAAGACAAAUCUAAAAUGCAUUUAUAUAAAAGUCAGAACAGUUAUUAUGUGGAAUAUUUAAAAAGGGAAACAAUGUUUUAUUGACUUCCAGGUUUUGCUGUUGACCUGUAGCCUGCAAUGCUGCAAGAUAACGGCACCUCCUAAACAUCCAGAUGACAAUUUAAAAACAUAUAUUUGGUUAUGUAUUUGCAGCAGUGCUCUGAAUGUAACAAGGACUUUUUCUGUACGCAAAACCAUCUUUGUAGAGAUGGCAGCGUUUCCUUCAUUUCUAAAACAAUGUACAACUUCCAUCAUUUAUCAUUACAUAUCAUGCCCCUGUAAACUCUGUGUUUACCUUCACACCAUCACUCCCCCUGUCCAACUAUAUCUGUUGCUCUAAGGGAGAGAUCAUUUCUGUCUUCUGUUCUUCGAUUGUUAGGAAGUAAACCCAGCACGCCUUUUCAGAACUAUUUGUAGUGCUACUAACCGUAAUGCUGCUGUUUGAAACAACUCAGUGGAUCUUAUAUUGUCAUCAAAAUGUUGAGUGUGAUGGUGGCAAAGAAGCUUUUACAUCUCAAAAACUUCUCUUAAAACUUCAGUUAUACUUCCUCUCACAGCGGCUACUUGGAGAAUGGUGUGCAAGGGCUUCUGGGCUUGAGACAAAAAAUGAAUUUUUGAAAAUUCAGGCUGACAUUUUUACCCAAAAGCAAUACAAUGUAAUUGUUCUUCUAAGUUCUUACUAAGCACUAUUUUAGUGCAUGAUUUAAGAGAAUAAAGAAGUGAACUGUACUUGGGUUUUGAAAAAGAGUCUGACUGCUGCUGAAUAUCACUUUGGUACCGAUAUCACCACUUACAAGCAGACAGCUUGUGUAGUAACGUAACAUAUCUGUACAUUUAUGUUCUUUCCAUUUAGAUUUAUGUAAUGAUAAAAUAGAAACUCUUCAGUUCUGGGAGUAGGCAUUACAUUGACCUGGCGUGUGAUGAAUCACUGAUCAAUUAAUAGUUACGAUUAGAUCAGAAACUUGUCAUAACUACAGCAUUUACAUAAUAAGUGGACGUGUAAAGGAAAGGCAUGUUGUGUAUAUUACGGGUAGCAAUGGAACAGAGUAAACAAUAUGAUUAGGAAGAUAGGAUAGGCAUUAGUUUACAGCUUCACACUAGUUGCUUUGACCAGAUUUCAACGUAAACAUACAGAAGCUAAAAAAAAAAACAUUACUAAACUUUAACUUUCAUCCUCCUGAAUGUUCUUCAUGCAAACCUCAGGUUUAUGAAGGAUGCGUCAGUGCAUUCAAACUGCAAUAAUAAGUUUGAGGUUUAUCAUUAUCAUGCAUCUGUUUUUAUGAUUUGCAUUCCUAUUCCUUCUGAGGGGGCCUUGGUUUAAUGCUCUUAUUUUAUGACAAUACUUUCACUAAAUCUUUGUUCAUAACCUGAUCGGGGAAAGAAAUAAUCAAAAAACUUCACCAGACUGUCUUUUUUCAAGCUCUGUAUCUGAGGCCUCAAAGUUUUUUCACACCUAUAACUGAGAUGGGGUAUUUUUGACAUGCCAUCUCCAAAUGUGUAUCUGAGAAUUUCUUGUAUUUUCUUUUUUUUCUGAAAUUUUUAAUAAAUAAAUGAAUGAGAACUUUUA